GUCGAAAAGAGGCCGAAAGCGCAGCAUCGACCUUGACAGCACGUUGUAUCAAUCUCAUUGGUUUCCCGCCAUCUGUUUCUUCCAAUAAGACAAAACAUGUCUCUCCAGCAGUUUGACGGUCUGGAGAUUCCAGCCCCCGCUGACUUCCAUGUCCAUCUUCGUGAUGGACCUAUGAUGGAGCUUGUCACACCCACUAUCAGACAAGGUGGUGUCAACACCGUCUUCGUCAUGCCCAACUUGGUACCGCCAAUCACCACUGUUCAACACGCUUUGGACUACAAGAAGAGACUCCAAGCAAUUGAGCCCAAUGUCAACUUCCUGAUGUCUUUGUACUUGCACCAGGACAUCACCCCCGAAGUGGUCAAGGAGGCCGCAGCCGCAGGUAUCACGGGCAUCAAGUCCUACCCCGCCGGCGUAACCACAAACAGCAGCGCCGGUGUCGUCAGCUACGAGCCCUUCUACCCUGUUUUUGAGGAGAUGGAGCGCCAAAACAUGGUCUUGAACCUGCACGGUGAAGUCCCUGGAUCAAAGGACAACGACAUUACUGUUUUGAAUGCCGAGGAGGCUUUCUUGCCCACACUUAAGGACCUGCACAAGCGUUUCCCCAAGUUGAGAAUCAUCCUUGAGCACUGUACUAGUGCGGCUGCUAUCGAGGCAGUCAAGUCUUGCGGUCCUACCGUCUCGGCUACAAUCACUGCUCACCAUCUCUUCUUGAUUGUCGAUGACUGGGCCGGCGACCCGCACUCUUUCUGCAAGCCUGUGGCCAAGACUCCAAAGGAUCGUGAGGCCUUGCUCAAGACAGUUGUGUCUGGCGACCAAAAGUUCUUCCUCGGCACUGACAGCGCACCUCAUCCAGCCAUUAACAAGCGUGGUGACAAGGUCGCAGCAGGCGUCUUCACUCAGCCUCACGCAGUCGGAUAUGUGCUUUCCGCACUUGAACAGGGCAUCGAGCGCGGUGUUUUGAAGGCUGAAGAUGUGACUGAGGAGAAGCUCAAGGGUUUCCUCGGAUUGAACGGCAGAAAGUUCUACGGAGCCGAGGACAAGAAGGGCGAGAAGGUGGUGUUGAGAAAGGAUGGCGUCAAGGUUCAGAGCCUGCUCAAGAAUGCUGAUGGCAGCCUGGAGGUUGUUCCUUUCAGACGCGACCAGAAGACAUGGAGCGCUGAGUGGAAGUAGAGAGACAAUUUGAAUGACUGGUUGGAAUAGAGUUGAUUGAAUAGAAGAAGCU